AUGCCCGGGCUUCCGCGAAAGUGGGAACCGCGUUUCUGGUACGGGAUGCCCAAUGCUGCGUUUGUUCCUUUUAGUCGGUUUGCAAUCAAGUCCUCCGACAUCGUCUUGGGGGCUGGGGAGGAUCUGGAGGCAGUUCUUUGGAGUAGACGGCGGUGGCCAGAGGACGAGGCAAAGACAGACUUGAUCAUGGACUGGGCGGCGUUGAGGCCAUCGGAGGAGGCGGUGACAGCGACGAAAAUGAUGGAGAGGGAAGGGGAGGAGUGCUUGGAGAGGGGGAGCUUGGAAUCUGGUGGCCCCGCAGGCCUAGGUGACCUGGGGUGGACGGUGAUCGACGGCUGCCGAGGUGCUGGAGAGGGAGAGAAGGAGGAAUUUGUCUACCUCAGCCAUUAUGGAAAGAAUUCCAAGCAGGUGGCCAUGUCCUGUGUGGCAUCCUCCAUGGAAGAACUACAGGAUCGAACAAUUAAGAUAUGGGAUCUAGCAAGCGGAAGGCUGAAGCUAACGCUGACAGGACAUAUUGAACAGAUUAGGGGCCUUGCAGUGAGUAGUAAGCAUACUUAUAUGUUCUCUGCUGGUGAUGACAAACAAGUUAAAUGCUGGGAUCUUGACCAGAAUAAGGUUAUCCGGUCUUCUCAUGGUCUCUGUACUUCCAGAUCAGAAUCAUGA